AUGAGGUCUGCUAUGUGGGGCUAUUUUAACAAACUGGACAGAUUUAGAGACAAAGCGAAAUGCAAACUUUGCAAUGUCCUGCUGAACUGUUCCAGUGUAUCCAAUCUAAAGAGGCAUAUGAAGAGAAAACACUCGCACGCUCUGUAUUACAGAGUGAACAAAAAAUCAAACAGCACAAUCUACUUCGACGUAGCGACGAAAAACCCGAAGAUAGUACUCGACGACCACGACUAUUUGAUAUACAGAAAAGAAAUCAACAAAACCGUUUGGAAAUGUUGUUAUUACUUCAGGACUAGGGAGAAAAGGUGCAAAUCCACUCUAGUGACCACAGGGAGGAUCGUAACAGUCAGCAGUGACACUCACAACCAUCCGGCUGUUCCGAAGAAGGACAAGUAUAAGAACAUGCUCUCGCAAAAGGUAAAUGAAGCAACCGGUACAUUGUUACUCUUAGUAACAAAGUCUUUUCCAGGCCUCAUAUACUUCAAUUCAGGCAUGAAGAACCCGAAAAUCAUCUUGGACGAACACGAGUUCCUGAUUUACAGAAAGGGACCGAACCAGACACAAUGGCUCUGCAACAACUACUUCAACAAGAAGCACGAUAACGAUCGGUGCAAAGUUAGGUCUGAUCUACUCGACGUGGGCAUGAAGAACCCCAAAAUCAUCCUGGACGACCAUGAGUUCCUGAUCUACAGGAGAGAAGUGAAUCAAACCACCUGGAUGUGCAACCACUACUUCAACAAGCGCGAAGUCAGAUGCAAGGUCAAGCUAAUCACAAGCGGUAGGGUCGUGCAGGUGUUCGGCACCCACACUCACAACCCGAAGCAUAAACGGAAGAAGUACAAGAAUAUGCUGUCGCAAAACGUCACCAUUGUUAGGCACUGAAAGCAUCGUUUAUAGUAUAAAAGUAUUCAUCCGUAUAACAUUACAAUUAUUAUUAUUACAAUUUUGUGAAGGGAUGAGUGAACGAAUUAUAACGAUGAACAUUUUCUAUUCA